AUGGCAUCUCCGAAUUCUCUCUCCAAACUCGCUAUGGAUUCACAAACCGACGGUUUCAGUGGUUGUUCCCCAAGGCUCGUAGCCUUAGCUCAAGAGCUUCGUCUCUAUAAACCUCCUCGAUCGAUUUAUGAAAUUGAUGUUGAAGAGGAAAGCAUUGAAGACAGUGCCGGGAAGGCUGUUUCUCAAGUGGGUUUUCCAGAGUCUGCAACCCCAAUGGCCAAUGAGCCAAAAAAGUUCAGACCCAAGAGAGCUGCAGUUCUGAUCUGUCUCUUUGAAGGGGAUGAUGGUGAUCUUCGUGUCAUCCUCACUAAGAGGGCUUCCAAGCUUUCUACUCACUCAAGUGAAGUUGCGUUGCCUGGAGGGAAGGCAGAGGAGGCAGAUGCAAAUGAUGUCGAGACAGCAACUAGAGAAGCCAGGGAAGAGAUAGGCUUGGAUCCUUCAUUUGUGAAUAUUGUGACUACCCUUGAGCAGUUCUUGUCCUUGCACCUCAUUAUAGUAAUUCCUGUCAUUGGCAUACUUUCUGAUAAGAAAGCCUUCAAGCCUGCUCUUAAUGCUGCUGAAGUGGAAGCAGUAUUUCACGCUCCCUUGGAAAUGUUUCUAAAGGAUGAUAAUCGGAGAUCAAAAGAGAUACAGUGGGCUGGAGACCUGUGGCUGAUGCAUUUCUUUGACUAUGAAAUGAAUGAUAAGAAGUAUGUGAUAUUUGGUUUAACUGCUGCGAUUCUGAUUAGGGCAGCAUCUGUUGUGUUCAAAAGGUCACCAGCUUUCCUGGAGCAGAAACCAAAAUUUAAGCCCAAGGUUUUGGAUACUUUUAUGCGUUGUUUUUAGUUAUUAUUAAUUUGGUUGUAAUGCAUGUUAUUAUCCUCGGAGAUCAAAGGAGAUACAGUGGGCUGGAGAUGUUGAACUUGGUUAUUUCAAAGUGCAUGGUCUGCUGUACUUUUAGACUAUCAGACCGAUAUAUAAACGUUAGACCUGUUAAGUUUUACUGAUCUUCUGCCUACCAUUCAGAUUAAAACAAGGCUUUGAAAAGAAUAAGAUUUUGGAGCCAAUUGGCAACAAGUGUGAAGCAAUAUCUUCCUGGAGUAUUAUUGUCAAGACACUCACUCUAGAUCUUCCUUCUGAGCUUCCCUCAUGUCCUCCUUCCAUGCGCAGAAUGCUUAUUCUAUGACAUCAAUACCUUUCAGAAUAUAGUUCACAGGGUUGUGGAGGAAAGGCUAUCCAUACUACCAUUUUAGAGAUAGUUUAAACCAGUUCAGAAAAAUAGAAGUUCAGCUGCAAAGCUUCAGCUUGAAUGACGAUCAUGAAAGCCAGAACUGCUCUUUGCCUGAUGAAAGGAAUUUUUCUCUCUUUUCUCCAAAAAAUGAGAAAAACCCUUCUCUGUUGGCUUAUGAAUAGAAGUGGCCUUGCUAUAAGUCAUAUUGUUUUUUCAUGUUUUAGUGUGAAACUUCAGUAUUCAUCCUUCUGAAUGUAGAAACAUUGUAGAGUAUUGAUUCACUUAAAACAUUAACCAAUUAUGAUGGGUGCUUUGACAAGCUAUUCUGUUAG